AUGGCCGCUGGCAGCUGGAGCCCCUCGGCCCAGGAGUUGGUGACCAUCAAGGAUGUGAUGGUGGACUUCACUGAGGAGGAGUGGGGGCUCUUGGAUCCUUCUGAGAAGGAGCUGUACAAGGAGGUCACGCUGGAGAAUGUUCAGAAUCUGCUGUCCCUGGAGGUAGAGCUUUUGGAUUCCCAGGAGAAGCCUGCUGAAAUCCUAAUGAAUCCAGAUAAUCACUGGGAUGUGGCCUUCAGCAAGAGUUCAGACCUCAUGAGACAUCAGAAAAAUGAUCAUGGGAAAAUGUUUUGUGGAGAUUUUAGCAAACACCAGAAAAUCCACACUGGAGAGAAGCCUUUCACAUGUAAUCAAUGUGGAAAGACUUUCAGAUACAAUUACAGGCUUGUUGAACAUCAGAGAAACCACACAGGUGAAAAGCCUUAUAAAUGUAAUCAAUGUGGAAAGGCUUUCAUACAUAAUUACAGGCUUGUAGAACACCAGAGAAACCACACAGGAGAAAAGCCUUAUAAAUGUAAUGAAUGUGGAAAAGCAUUUACAAACAGGUCCCUCCUUGUUAUACAUCAGAAAAUCCACACUAGAGAGAAACCUUUUGAAUGCAAUCAAUGUGGAAAGGCUUUCACAUGCAAGAGAGAUUUUAGCAAACAUCAGAAAAUCCACACUGGAGAGAAACCUUUUGAAUGUAAUCAAUGUGGAAAGGCUUUUACACGCAAUACAAAUCUUAAAAUACAUCAGAGAAUUCAUACUGGAGAGAAGCCUUAUAAAUGUAAUCAAUGUGGAAAGACUUUCAGAUACAAUUACAGGCUUGUUGAACAUGAGAGAAACCACACAGGAGAAAAGCCUUAUAAAUGUAGUGAAUGUGGAAAAGCAUUUACAAACAGGUCCCUCCUUGUUAUACAUCAGAGAAUUCAUACUGGAGAGAAGCCUUAUAAAUGUAAUCAAUGUGGAAAGACUUUCAGAUACAAUUACAGGCUUGUUGAACAUGAGAGAAACCACACAGGUGAAAAGCCUUAUAAAUGUAAACAAUGUGGAAAGGCUUUCAGAAGGAGUUCCAAUCUUGCUGCACAUCAGAGAAUCCACACAGGAGAGAAGCCUUAUCAAUGUAAUCAAUGUGGAAAGGGUUUUAUAAGGAGAGACGGUCUUGUUUUACAUCAGAGAAACCACACAGGAGAAAAGCCUUUUAAAUGUAGUCAAUGUGGAAAGGCUUUCAGAAGGAGUUCCAAUCUUGCUGUACAUCAGAGAAUCCACACAGGAGAAAAGACUUAUAAAUGUAGUGAAUGUGGAAAAGCAUUUACAAACAGGUCCCUCCUUGUUAUACAUCAGAGAAUUCAUACUGGAGAGAAACCUUUUGAAUGUAAUCAAUGUGGAAAGGCUUUCACAUGCAAGGGAGAUUUUAGCAAACAUCAGAAAAUCCACACUGGAGAGAAGACUUUCACAUGUAAUCAAUGUGGAAAGACUUUCACACAGAAACCACACAGGUGA